UGCCGGUCGCCGUGAAUGAGAUGGACCUGCAUGACGGCUGGCCGAUGGUAUGCAUGGAGAAGACCAUGCAGUACAUGCGUACACCUGGGAGCAGCUGCUGCCCUGCGUGGAGAGACUUCUACUUGCUCAUGACAGUGACGUAAAGGAAGCAAACAAACAGAAAUGCCCACAGCCGAGUGCACAGCCUGCACAGAUGAUGUAUCCCGUCCAGGGACCGAGCGUGUCCUUGCAUCAGUACAUGCAGCGGCCGAACACACAAUACAUGCAGCAGAGCUGCCAGCCGCUGGUAGUGUCUUCUCAAGGUCCUGCGACAUAUCUGACACAUACGGCCUCAAUGCAGGUCUCCACGGCACCUGUGCAUGGGCUCACACAGACACAGAGCAUGGAUGCUAAGGUCAACAUACCAGGCAGAGCUUACCAGAUGAACCCGCUGUACCCCUGCGCCGCUCCCUGCUUCGACAGGUGAUGAAACCGGACAGAAAAGCAUCAGACCGUUUGCACUGUUUGUAAUCAAGUGUGCAAUUGUGGGAUUGCAAACACCAUAAAUCAAGCACACUGCUCUUAAAUGUUACUUGAAUCAAACCACUUCAGCUGCUGAAUUCUGAAUCCUUUUUAAUUUACAUGAUUGGGGUGAAAGCUAGUUAAUUUAAAUCACUGUAACUCAGGUUCCAAUGAAACGUCAAAAUCCAAAUUUAG